AUGAGUGAGUUUGUCUCUGGAGGCCUUGAUCGUGAAAUGGAGAGACUGUGGUUCACACGCCCGCUUACUCUUCCUGAUGCACAGCCGUCUCCUCUCGCAUUGCUGGCGGCGACGUGCAGUAAAAUAGGCGGUGUUGGCGGCGAGGGUCAGACGGCCACGCAACAGCAGAUAAUAAUCGACCCCAACCAGGGUCUGUUUCAGCUCCAGAACCCAACGCAGCAGCUCGAGCUGGUUCCCGCGCAGCUGACGGGAAACGGCUGGCAGAUCAUAGCCACUUCCCCUGCCGCUGCAACCAAGGACAGCGUUCAGCAGAACGAGAGCGCGGCGAGGCGAAAGGUCAAGGCGGCGGGUUCGAAUAACGCACCUGGCUCACAGCAGCAGCAGCAGUUUCAAAUCAUCCAGGUGCAGAAUCUGCCGAACUCGUCGGGCGGGAUUCAGUAUCAAGUCAUCCCGCACCUUCAGACCGCCGACGGACAGCAGAUCCAAAUAAGCCCUAGUAACCCCGCAACCUUAAGCGUCCAGCCCGAACAGAUCCAGCUCAUUUCCACUGGAAACAACCAAGCCAUUCUGGCCACGCCCCAAAGGGCGGGAUCAACCGGCUUCGUCACGCAAAACCAGACGAUUCCGUUUCAAAUCAGGCCAUCGUUUCCUUUGCAGCUGCAAACUAUUCAAGGUACGCAAGCGCCUAUGGUGACGACGCUACCCAUUAACCUUGGCGGCAUGACUUUGGCGUUGCCGGUUAUCAAUAACGUUGCAGCAGCAACAGGGGGCGGAGCUUCAGUUCAACUCGUCCAAUCAGGCGAUGGAAGCAUUUCAAAUGGAAACCAAGUGAGCACAGCGGAAUCCACGUGCGCGACGGCCAGCGACGCGGUAGCAGAUGCUAUGACGUUAUCUACCGGAGCUGAAAGCCAGAAAGACAGUCAAGCGGGCGAGUCGGACGCCCAGAAUCUCACCCAAUCCAACGGCCUCCAAUCUGCAUCCGAGCAGUCCGGCCAAAUCCAGCAGUUCCAAAUCGUAGGGCAUCCGGUUCUCCAGCAGAUCCAGAUCCAGUCGCCCCAACAGCAAGUAGUCCAGGGCUCCAUACAGACUUUGCAACCGGUGCAGCAGAACCUCCAGCUGCAGGCCUUCCAGAACCCCACGCAGGUUCUGAUCCGGACGCCCACGCUCACCCCGUCGGGUCAGAUCAGCUGGCAGACGGUGCAGGUGCAGAACGCCGGCGUACCCCAGCAGCUGACGCUUGCGCCCGUGGUGUCCAGCUCGAGCGGGGGGACGUUCACGCAGAUGGCCCCACUGACCCUCGGCGGGUCGCCCAUCAUGCUCAGCGCCGCCCAGCUGCCCUCUGGGACCGGGGUGCAGACGGUGAACAUCACGGGGCUGGGGGCGGCUGGAGUGCAGGUGCAAGGCGUUCCGCUCACCAUCACCGGCAUUCAAGGUCAGCAGCAGGGUCAAGAGGGGGUCAAAGUUCAGUCCGCCCCGGUGACGGUGACCGUUGGCAACAUCAGCAGCACGAGUCCAGAGCAGAUGGGGCAGGUCCAGAGCCCGUCGGAGCAGGAGGGUCAGCCCGGCAAGAGGCUGCGCAGAGUGGCCUGCUCCUGCCCCAACUGCAGGGACGGAGAGGGGAGAAAUAACAGUGACCCGUCAAAGAAGAAGCAGCACGUGUGUCACAUGGAGGGCUGCGGGAAGGUUUAUGGCAAAACGUCUCACCUGAGGGCUCACCUGCGCUGGCACACGGGAGAGAGGCCGUUCGUCUGCAACUGGAUCUUCUGCGGGAAACGCUUCACCAGGAGCGACGAGCUUCAGCGGCAUCGCAGGACGCAUACAGGUGAGAAGAGGUUCGAGUGUCCGGAAUGCUCCAAGAGGUUCAUGCGGAGCGACCACCUGUCAAAGCACAUCAAAACCCACCAGAACAAAAAAGGUGGGGCGGCACUUACCAUCAUCACCACAGAUGAGAUGGAGGAGGAGGUGGACGAGGUGCUGGGCUCGCCGAGGAUCGUCACCGUGGCGACGCUUUCGCAGGAUUCGAACCCGGCCACGCCCACCACUUCAAACAAUUUAGAGGAGGAGUUCGAGUAGUUUUCCCUCCAAAAAUGAUCGGCUGAAAGCACCACGAUAUUGUUUGUAGGUUUGUUUAUAGGUUGAUUUGUUUAUGUCCUUCUUUUUUUUUUUUCUAUCAACGAUGGACAGCUGUUUGAGCCCACUCGAUUUUUCAUAUGGAAAUGUAAUACUAUCAAAUAUUAUGACAAAGAAUAAUCUAAUGGAAAUAUGGAAUAGUAUGAGUUGUUAAGAGACAAGUUGAACGAUGGCGUUUGUUUUGUUACGAGUAGCACAAGAAGUACUGAAGUUCCCAGAUGCUCCUGAAGACGUCGCUAUAUGCACAAAAAUAAUAUAUAUAUAUAUGUUUUCAAAGUGGCUUCUAUGGAAAGUCGUUUCCGCCACAAGAU